GCCCCGCCCCCCGCGCGCCACCGCCUCGUCCGCGCGGCGGCCCAAGGGCAGGCGGCCAUGGCGGCGGUGGCGGCGCUGCGGGGCGGCCUGCGCGGGGCCCUGGUGGCGCAGCAGCAGCGCGCCUGGAGCUCGGGCUCGGGAGCCGACCAGCUGGGCGAGCUGGGCAAAGGCGCCGGGAAGGGCGGCGGCGGCGGCGGCGCCAUCCGCGAGGCCGGCGGCGCCUUCGGCAAGAAGCAGGCGGCCGAGGAGGAGCGGUACUUCAGGGAGAAGGAGAGGGAGCAGCUCUCUGCCUUAAGGAAGCACCAUGAGGAAGAGAUCGAUCACCACAAGAAAGAGAUCGAGCGACUGCAGAAAGAAAUCGAGCGUCAUAAGUAUAAGAUCAAGAAGCUUAAAGAUGAUGACUAAGCUGUUGCUGAGUUCUGUUUGUCUUGUACGGCCACUGCUUAUUAUGGUGUAAAACAGCAUCGAAGACUGUAUGCUUUGGCCAAAGUGAUCCAAAUUUGUCCUAUUAUACUGUGGUCUGCAACAAUGUCAAAUAAACUACUCAGUCUCUGGUC